AUGUUAAGAUUACAACUGGGUAAAAGGAUUGUUCGUAAUGCUUUCUCCGUUGUGGUAAUUAGAGGAUUUUGUUCUAGUGGACCAUGUCGAAAAGAUUGGAUGGCUAACAAUGAUAUUCUUCUUAAUGCUACAGCUGCUAUGAAACGUAAUAAGGAGAAAGUUCAAAGAGGGAGUCUAGAUAGUGCUCAUACUAAUGGAAGCUUUCGUCAAGUCAACAUGAACCAAAGAUCGAAUCACAAUAAGAAACCUUUAAAAAAACCAAGAAGUAUCGUUAUUAAGUGGUCAACUGGGUCUGAUAGAGCUAAGGAAGCUGCUAAUUCCACUGUAUCCAGUAUUUUUAAGAUGAACUUCGAAGGAACUGUCCAAAGGAUAAAUUCUGAGACAAAUAAAGUGGAAGAAACUAAUAUUCGAGAAUUUGUCAAAGGUAUUAAUUUAGAUGAAGUGGGCUUGAGCAUUGUUGAUGUGAGUCAAAUUAAUGAAAAUACAAGUAUUCCACUUGUCAAAUUGGUGGAGGCUAGGGUAGCCCUUAAGAGGUACUCUGAUGAAAUGGCAAAACAGAAGGAGAAGGAACUUAUUGAGAUGGGAGUUAUAAAAAAGUCGACGAAAUCCUCAGAACCUGAUAAAGUUGAGUCCACGGUGAAAAGGCUCAAGAUUUCUUGGGAAAUUAAACCAGAUGAUUUGUGCAAGCAAAAGGCUCAUGAAAUUGUGACUCAGCUAAAGAAGGGGUUUAAAGUUUUUGUCUAUAUCGACAGCAAGAAUUCAAGUGGAUCUAGGAACUGGUUAGAUUGUUUUGAGAAUUCCAUACCGCAAGAAAUUAAAUUAUCUAAAAGAGAACAUGAACAGAGAAGUUUUGUUGUGGAUAAAAUCAGUGAAAUAGUCGAGGAGUAUUCAAUUCAGCCAAACUUGGACGGUACUCUGGGAGAUAAAAUGAUAAUAAAAUUGGCUCCAAAAACUCUAACUGGUGAAAAGAUGGAUAAAAAGACACUUAAAGAACAUAAGAAGAAAGAACGGCAAGAAAAAUUGCAAAAGAGAAUUGAGAAGAAAAAUCAAAGGGGGACUGGUCUGUGA